AUAUCUAAAAAAGCGUUUGAAAUUAAAAUAUAAUUUCCCAAAUAAUAUAUAAAAUAUGAUGCAAUUCAUGUUAGAUAUUACAUCAAAAUUAAUGACUUCAAUUAUGUUUUGCCAAGUAUAUAUAUGUAACAGUGAUACUGAUAGGAAACACUCGUAACUUCACCUCCCAGCUGUUGCUCAGAAGCAGCCAGUCUCCACUCUCCAUGGCGGAAAAUGGCGAUCGUAAGCUUCACAUAGCAAUGCUCCCAUGGCUGGCCUUUGGCCACAUUAUUCCAUUUCUUGAGCUAGCAAAACUUAUGGCCACCAAAGGCCAUAAGAUUUCAUUCAUUUCAACUCCUCGAAACAUCCACCGCCUUCCUCAAAUCCCAUCAACCUUAACUCCUCUCAUCAACUUCAUCAAAAUCGAUAUACCAAAAGUUGAAAAUCUCCCAGAAAACGCCGAAUCCACAAAAGAUUUACCUUUCGAUAAGGUUAAGUACCUCAAAAUUGCAUGCGAUGGCCUCAAAAAACCCAUCACAGAUUUCCUCCAAACCUCAUCCCCAGAUUGGAUCAUCUGUGACUUUGUUACGUAUUGGUUGGGGCCACUAGCGGCGGAACACGGCGUCCUCACUGCUUAUUUUAGUGUUUUUCCGGCGGUAAUGCUUGGUUUCGCGGGUUCCCCGGAGGUGUUGAUGUACGGCGAUGAUGACCAGUCGGUGGAGCAACAGUUAAUGAGCCAACCAAGGUGGGUUACAUUCGAAACCGAAGUUCAGCCGUCUCCUUUUCAGAUCACCAGAUCAUUUCAAAACUUGACUGGCGACGAUGAAAACAUCAAGGAUGGUUAUCGUCUCGGAGCCACCGUCAUCGGCUGCGACGCCGUGAUUGUGAGAAGUAGUUCUGAUUUUGAGCCGGAGUGGCUGAAUCUCCUGAAGAAACUUUACCGAAAACCUAUCCUUCCGGCCGGGCUGUUACCGGCAGCGGUGGCAGACGACCAUGCAUGCUGGGGGGAAACGAGAGAGUGGCUAGACAAGCAUGAGAAAGGCUCGGUUGUUUACAUUGCUUUUGGAACUGAAACGAAACCGAAUCAAUACGAGUUAACUCAGUUGGCUUUAGGGUUAGAAUUGUGUGGACUACCCUUUUACUGGGUGUUAAUCGAUCGGCGUGGGUCAUCAGAUGACGAGGUAAUCGAGUUGCCACGUGGGUUUGAGGAGCGGACACGUGGACGUGGGGUGGUGUGUAGAGAGUGGGCACCACAAUUUAAAAUACUGAGUCAUGAAUCGGUGGGUGGGUUGCUGAUUCACUCAGGCAUGAGUUCGGUGGUGGAAGGGCUUCAACUCGGUAAGCCACUCGUAUUGUUGCCUUUCGUAAUAGACCAAGGUGUGAUUGCAAGUUAUUUGGUGGAGAAAAAGAUGGCGUAUAUGGUUCCUAGGGAUGAGUUGGAUGGGUCGUUUACGCCAGAAUCGUUGGCUGACUCACUGAGUCUUGUGAUGGUGAAAGAAGAAGGGAAGAUGUAUAGAGACAAAGCCAAAGAGAUGAUGUCGAUGUUUGGUGGCAGAGAUAUUCAAGACAAGUGUUUGGAUGAGGUGCUGCAGUUUUUUCAAAAGUCUUUGAAAUGAUAGUUUGGUUUCGGAGGUCCGUGAAAUAACUAUAGACCGUUAGAACCUAAACACCGUCGGUCAUAACAACUUAUCAAGUGUAUAAUCUUUCUAUACUAAAUAAAAGUUUGUACAACUAUAUAAUAAUCAGAGCUUGAAAAUAUUAUAUUGUACAAUUAUAUAAUACAUGAAUUGUUGUAUAUGGCAAAAAACUGUUGUGUA